GAACCACCAAGACAAGAUGUUUCUAAACUGGUUGACUGCAUCGUGAAUUCCAGGAAGUUCUCGGAAGUAGAAAUACCAUCCAUCAGAGAUUCAUCAAUUCGUGAGCUGUCUGGUGGAGACAAACCUAAAGGAGCUCCAUCAAAGAGAUUAAAGCCGCUUAUUAAUUCAAGAAUGGGAAAGCCUAGUGGAUCCUCGAAACCUGCAAAAGGCGAAACAGCAUCAGCAUUGCAAAAAGUGAAGAGCUUCAGAUUUGGACUAUCUGCUACGAAGAAACCAGAAACAAAAUGA